AUGCUGCAGGCACUGACUGGACUACAGUUUCAGCUCAGAGGAAAGCUACAGGAUCAAAAGUGGACAGAGAAGCACCCUCAAGAAGAAGCCCAUGCACAUUAUUCACAGUGUCAUAUGCCAGUUUCACAGUAUCCUGGGUUCAAUGGAUUUUUUCCGAUGGGAACACACUUUUCAUCAGACAAAGCUCCAGCAAUCUCAGAGGUACAAACACACUUGGAAAAUCAGUCUAGGUACCACAUACAGCAAAGCCAGAGGCACCAGGUGAAGCAGUACCUGACCCUCGAUACCAAGCUGUCCAGCCAGACGCUCUCCCUGUCACACUCCCACACAAUCCAGCCUGUGGGAGUCACCUCCAUUUUAAGAAACGGACACAUGCCUCCCAUCAGUGACAUUGGCACACCAGAAAGCCCUGUUACCAAGCUGCUGGCCCUUGGAGGAGAACAUGAAAAUGCGAUGGAAGAGGUGAUCGAAGACAUCAUCAAUAUGGAAUCAAGUUUUAAUGAUGAAGGGAUAGGUUGUUCUGAAACGCCUCUACUAAUGCAAAGAACUCUAUCUAGCAGCAUCUUGGAUAUAUAUAACAGUGACCAGGGAAUGGCACCAGCUAAUAUGGGUAUCACUAAUGCUUGCCCAGCUAAUCUACCAGUAAAAAGGGAACUCACAGAAGCAGAUACACGAGCAAUGGCAAAGGAGAGACAAAAAAAGGAUAACCAUAAUCUCAUUGAGAGGAGAAGAAGGUAUAAUAUUAAUUACCGAAUCAAGGAGCUUGGCACACUCAUCCCCAAGUCUAAUGAUCCUGAUAUGCGCUGGAACAAAGGAACUAUUUUAAAAGCAUCAGUGGAGUACAUCAAGUGGCUACAAAAAGAACAACAGAGAGCCAGAGAAUUAGAACACAGGCAAAAGAAAUUAGAGCAUGCUAACAGAAGACUUCUGCUCCGAAUUCAGGAACUAGAGAUCCAGGCACGUGCACAUGGCCUUCCAGUCAUAUCUUCACUCAGUGCUGUUGAUUUAGCUGCACAGGUCAUAAAGCAACAGUCUUAUCCAGAGGAGAACUCUGUAGACUACUCUCAACAAAUGCCUCUACCACAUGAGCAAAGUUCUGAUGUUUGUGAUGGAUCUACAGCUUUUUCUGAUCCACUUUCACACUUCACAGAUUUAUCCUUCAGUGCAGCUUUAAAAGAGGAGCAACGACUAGAAGAAAUUUUACUGGAUGAUACGGUGUCUCCAUUUGGAACAGACCCACUCUUGUCCUCCACAUCCCCAGCUGCAUCAAAAGAGAGCAGCAGGAGAAGCAGUUUUAGCACAGAUGAUGGAGAUGAUUUAUAA